AGAGGAAAGAAGGCAGUGUGUGACUUGCUGCUGGACGAUGGUCGGGUGGAUGUGAGUGUGUUGAAAGAUGUACAGGCCAAUCGCAAAGCAUCCCGCCGAGAGCUUGCGAGAGCACUUAGAGAGUACGAGCCUGAAGUAAUCGAGUGGAGCGGCCCUGUGUAUCGACCGGUGACCAAAGCGUCUCCACAAGCCAACGCAAAAGACAGAGCCACUGACUCUGACAGUGAACACAUACCCAUUACCAUGACAACUGAUGAAUCCGUGGAGGAUACCCAGAUGGAAACCCCACACACCGACAUUGAUACUGUUGCGCUUGCUGCCGAAGAGGCAUCUGUAGCAGAAUCUAUUAAUAGCACGGAAAGCACUGGUGUGACACCGUCUACAUCCUCAGAUGGCGAUGGUUUUACUGCGCCCAAGGAUCUGUUACGAACAUCAGAUCGGGGCAAAAUGAGCCCCUAUCCCAAGCAUGCAGUCCAGGGCAAAACAGACCCUAAAACCCAGGGCAAUUGGCGCUCAACUCUGCACACAGGACCGCGGCGCUAUGACACUUGUACGGUCAUACCCUCGCGUAUACGACCACAUUUGAUCGAUGUGCAAUAUGUGGGCCCAAAUACAGGACUGUAUGUAGAUACACAUGAGAGAUCAGCAACUGACGAGACAAGUAGCAGUGCUCGUGCACACACCCACACCUACACCCACACCCACACCCACACCCACACCCACACACCCCCUCUCAGCCACAGGCAGACAGACACAUUCGCGUAUAUGCACACAGACGAUACUACACACCCACAAAAUAAAACUACAGACCUCCCUAUACACACUGGGGUUGCCAGCAAGAAUAGACGCAAGCACCAAACACGCCAGGCACUCAGAGAUGGGCAGACCCGAGCCCUGCUCGAAGCCGUGUGUGAGGUGUUGAGUGCGCGCAAACGGCCGCGUACACUCCCAUACGCAUACAACCGCACACGCACACACACACACACACACAUACUCGUACACACACGUGUGCGGGCAUGCACACGCACACGCACACGCACGCCUACGGCGUCUCUCUCUAUCCCGCCAUCAGACCACCCGCCUGGUACACUGGCACACAUGCACAGGACAUGCCUGUGUUUGUUCCGUUGCGUAGCUGUUCUAUUAGACUACAGUCUACUGCACACACUAAGUGCAGUGGGAGGGUGUGCUGAUGCGCGUGUGCGUGUGAACCACCACAAAGCCGUUGGUGCGCUGUGUGCGUAUCUGCUACUGUUGAACGCACAGGCGGUGCUGAUUAAGGUCACGAGCUACACGCGAACGCGUGCGUGGCAGGCUAUAAAUAGAACAGGGCCAUGGGAAGGGUUUAUAAAUAGCAACCAAUCAGAUGAGCUGGGAGCACCAGACAGAGCCGGCCUUAUGGAGAGGCCUGGUGUGCACAUAUAUGACGUAACAACCGGGCGAGGCGCUGUACGGGACAGCGCAAAAACAACAC